AUGGAGUGUUACUACAUUGUCAUCAGCUCCACGCAUCUCAGCAAUGGGCACUUUCGCAACAUCAAGGGAGUUUUCCGAGGUCCCCUCAGCAAGAACGGGAACAAAACUCUGGAUUAUGCUGAGAAGAAGAACACAAUAGCAAAGGCUCUAGAAGACCUAAAGGCCAAUUUCUACUGUGAACUCUGUGACAAACAAUAUUACAAACAUCAAGAGUUUGACAAUCAUAUUAAUUCAUAUGACCAUGCUCACAAGCAGAGGCUCAAGGAAUUAAAACAAAGAGAAUUUGCACGAAAUGUAGCAUCUAAAUCCAGGAAAGAUGAAAGAAAACAGGAAAAGGCUCUUCAACGGCUACACAAGCUGGCUGAGCUACGGAAAAAAGCAACGUGUGCUCCUGGGAGUGGUCCUAUGUUCAGGUCAACCACUGUUACAGUGAGAGAGAAUUUUAAUGAAAUUUCACAAAGAGAUAUGGUAGAUUCAGUAAAUAAAGAGGAAGAAUUCAAGGAUACUAUGAUUCACAGUUAUCAGAAUGCUAAAGAUGCUGAUGCCGUUGCUUCAGUUCCAGAAAGUUCAAAUAAUCACAAGGCAAAAGCCAACAAUCUUGGAGACCAAGCUCCUGGAGUCCAUGGGCAGAAAGUUGGCUUUUCUUUUGCCUUUCCAAAGAAAGCAUCAGUGAAGCUGGAAUCUUCAGCUGCAGCUUUCUCUGAAUACAAUGAAGAUGCUUCUGCAGAAAAUGGUUUUAACAGAAAAAGUAGAUUUGUCCCUGGAGUUUGUCACCAUCUAUUGUCUUUACCAGCAGAAGUAGUUUUGAAUCCUGAAGAGAAGCCAAAUUCAUUUCAUCCUCUUGGGGAGAUGUAUUCUGAAAAAGAAGAAACUCCUGAAACUACAGAGACAAAAGAACCUGUGAAUAAAGAUGAUACUUUAUUAGUGCUCCCUUUCUGUCAGCCAAAACUACCAUUGUCAGCUGAUUCUGAGGGCAACAUAAAUCCAAUUGUAUUAACAGAUCAGACAAAACCUAAAGAUGUCAUUACUAAUCAAGACACAUCUGUAGACUCUAAUGGAUCUGAACUAAUAGGAAAUAAAUCAACAGAUAUUUUCAUUGGUAAUGAUUGUUUGUCUUUACACACUACCCAAGAGGAAAACUCUAAGAAUCUUUGCAGUGAUUCAUCCCUUAAUGAACCUGAAGGUAAAACACUGGCACCUGAAAUUUUGGUCCCUCCAAAUAUUGAUGGGGAUAGCACAACUCUGCAGAGUAGAGAGGACGUAUGUAGAAGACCACAGGAGCCUUUUGUGCCUGUGCUUAGUAAGUAUGGAUCAACAGUUCUUCAAUGGCCAUCUGAAAUGUUGUUUUAUACAAGUACUAAACCAUCAAUUUCUUACAGUUGUAAUCCUCUAUGCUUUGACUUUAAGUCUACUCGAUCAAGAAACAGUCUGGAAAAAAAUAAACAUAAUUUAAAUGUUCUUCAUUCUCAGCAAAUGACUGAAGAUUCUUGCAGGAGUCCAGAUAUAAAUUGCAAGGAUGAUUCCAUUGCAGAGGCCAAUGAUUAUGAAAUUGGAAGUAGCAGAAAUGAGUAUAGCCAUGCCAUAUCACUUAUAACUGAUGAUAAUUUUACCAAAGGCUGCUAUUUUGGAAAGAGCAAGGAGGACAUAGGCACAAAGCUUGAAGAUGAUCCAUAUAGGAUUGGAAAACCCGAAAAAUUCAUCUCCACUAAAAAACAAGUAAGGGAAGACACUAUGUAUGAGAAACACAAUAAAACAUGGUUAAAGGAAACUCAUGAAAACUGGUUUUACAGAAGUAGAAAAAAGAAAAGAAGAAGAAAGUUAUGUCAGCAUCAUUAUGGGGAAGUAACCAAAGAAGAGUCAGAUACUUCUUUCAAAAUGGAACCAGAGACUAAUCACAUUGAUGCAGCAAAGAACCAUGAGUUGGAAGCAAUUUCAGAAAAAGAUAGUGAUGAAUGUGAAAAUACCUGGCUAACUAAAGAGCACUCACAAGAACCACAUGAAUUACCUGACAAAAGGCCUAAAUCAAUGCCCAUCUAUCUACACAAGAAAAAAGGAAUGUGUAAGAUCUGGAAUACAAAGCAGAACAAUGGUGAAGCUGUCAGUUCUAAAAAUUUCCAUAGAAAGUACAAAACUCUUUUGCAUGGGCCAACAAAACAAAUGUUCAAUUCUGAAAAACAUAAUUUAACAUACUCCAGAACAUUUAGUAAUUGGAAAGUCAGAACAUCUAGCUGUAGCCCAGACCAUAAUUGUUUAGUACACCAAAAUGAAGUGAAAUGCCUGGGUCAGAACCCAUCCAUCAAAAGAGGGUACAAUUCACUUAUUAAUGAACCUGAAAGAUCUUAUCGAAAAAAGAGACAGUACACAAACUCUUGCUCAUCAGAUGAAAGCUUAUAUAGACAGAAUUGUUUAGCUGAACAACAUUUGAGACCAACAAGAACUUUGGCUAAACCCUACAAGCCUAAGAAGAAACGAAGGAGGAAAAGAACUAGACUUCAUUCUGGAUUUAGAGACCAGGAGCUAAGAAGGAAAUUGAGUUAUAGCUGUUUGAAAGAAAAAUCUCCAUCAAGUAACCUGGGUGAGUUAAUGACCCAGGAGGACACAAAAGAAGCAAAACCACAACCCAUCACUGACUUUGCAAGAAGUACAGAACAAACAGAGACAGAAGAGAACAAGCUAACUUUGAACUCCUCUGGUUUCAUUCCUCCAGAAACUAACAGAGAAAUUGAGUAUAUGCAAAUGGAGAAUAUUCCAGGUAAAUUUCCAGAAGCUAUCAAACAUUCUCCUCACUCUAUGUUUGAACUCAAACAUUAUCCAGACUCUGUGUUUGAACCUAAUGCCCUAUCAAAGGUACCAAGUGAGAACAUGAUGGAGCAAAAAGAAAAACAUGAAAGUGAAAACCUUCCUCCUUUGAAGCUGCCUAACAUUGAAAGGAGUUUCGGUCCACCUCCACCUAAAUCCUACCUUUGCCAUUAUGAACUUGCUGAAGCCCUCCCCCAAGAAAAGAUGAAUGAAGCAGCAAGUGAAUGGCUUAGGUAUAAUUCAGGAAUCCUUAACAGCCAACCACCAUUACCAUUCAAAGAAGCACAUAUAAAUGGUCAUACCUUUUUAACUACAGAGCAGAUCCUUGCACCAUUAGCUUUGCCAGAUCAAACAUUACUGUUCCCCUUAGAAAACCAUGAAAAAUUCAAAGAUCUGCCAUGUGAGGCCUACCAGCACAUAAUGCCCCCAAGCCUGCUGCCUACCAAGGUCAAGUUGACCUUUGUUCCACCUGCCCUGCAGCCAGCUAGCCCUCCUUUGCAGCCUUUGCCUUUGCAGCAGCCCCUGUGUUCUACCUCGGUAACCACUAUCCACCACACGGUUCUGCAGCAACAUGCUGCUGCUGCUGCAGCUGCAGCUGCCGCUGCUGCUGCUACAGAAACCUUCAAAGUGCUCCAGCCCCACCAACAGUUUCUCUCCCAAAUUCCAACUCUCACCAGAACACCUUUACCUCAGAUUUCAGUAGGACCCAGACUUUGCCCUGCAAGUCACACAACUUUUGUUGCACCUCCUCAGUUGCCUAUCAUUCCAUCUUCAGUUCUUCAUCCCAGCCAUCUGGCUUUCCCCCCUCUGCCCCAUGCCCUUUUCCCUUCUCUGCUUUCACCCCACCCCACUGUCAUUCCUCUCCAACCUCUCUUUUAA